AUGCCUAAUGGCAAACUCGACCGCCGCCGUGUAGCCGUACUCUCCCAGACCGCAAAUGACACCGACGGCCUUGUCGCUAAACUCGAGGAAGGGGAUGCUGACGCCGAGGAGGGCGUCGCGGAUGGCCACGCUGGUGUGGGUGUAAGCCGCGGGGUUGAUGACGAUGAAGUCAACCUUGUCCUCGCGAGCCUGGUGGAUCCUCUCGAUGAUGGCACCCUCGAUAUUGGCCUGGAAGGUUUCUAG